GCGUAUACUUUCUUUACCGCUGGCUUAUGGACGCUCGGACGUCAUAACCCGGUGAAAGAUGGCGACAGAGGUAGUGGCUCUCGGUGAGGGAAUAAGGAAACGUGUAACGACGCCUAGUAAUGUCGCGCUGUCAGAGUUUCGAAAUGGCACAAAGGCCACCUUCCACUAUCGUACAUUACUGUGUGAUGAGAAGCGCACAGUGCUGGAUGACAGCUCUACCAGAGACAAGCCCAUGGAACUGAUCAUCGGCAAGAAGUUCAAACUGCCGGUAUGGGAGACCAUCCUCUGCAGCAUGAGAGAAGGCGAGGUGGCCGAGUUCCUGUGUGACACUCCGCAUGUCAUUGAGUACCCUCAAGUUUCACGGAGUUUGCGCCGGAUUGCAGCAGGAGAAGACCCUCGUGAAGGCCAAAGGCACUGCUGUGGAGGGAUUGCCCAGCUUCAUGACCAUUCCCUUGGUUAUCCAGACCUUGAUGUUCUACAGAAAGACCCUCAACCUCUGAUCUUUGUCAUCACUGUUUUAAAGAUAGAGGAGCCUGGUUCAUACAGGCAAGACGCCUGGGCAAUGACAGAUGACGAGAAACUGGAUGCUGUGCCUGUGCUCCACCAGGAAGGCAAUCAGUUGUAUAAGGACGGAAAGAUCCCAGAAGCAGCUGCCAAAUACUAUGAGGCUAUCGCUUGCCUCAAGUCCUUACAGAUGAAGGAGCAGCCUGGAUCUCCCGAUUGGAUCGCUCUUGACACAAAGAUCACUCCAUUGCUUCUGAACUUCUGUCAGUGCAAACUGUUGGAGGGUGACUACUACCCAGUGCUGGAGCACUGCUCUUCAAUACUAAACAAGUAUUCAGAUAAUGUAAAAGCCUUGUUUAAGCGAGGACGAGCCCAUGCCGCAGUCUGGAACACGUUGGAGGCAGAACAAGACUUUUCACGGGCUGUUGAACUGGACCCAUCCCUUGCACCACUGGUUGCAAAAGAGUUGAAGAAGCUUGAGGAACGUAUAAAUGAAAAAGAGCAAGAGGACAAAGCCAGGUUUCGAGGCAUAUUCAAAUAACUGCAACCUGACUCCGUUGUAUCUAGGUCAAGGCUCCAUUGUGACUUGCACAAUAUAACGGUGUGGCCUUCAAGCCAUUCUGUCUUCUGAACCACAUCUUAAGCCAAGGGGCAGAAAGCAUCUUGAUUGUAUUAAUAGAUACAGUAACGAUCAGGCUCUGGCUGCUGUCAGACCACAGAAUACUUCUGGAAACCAGACGCACGCAAAGCUGUCAACAAGAGUAACUUUAUUUGCUUAUAUAUAUAUAUAAAAAGUGGAAAGUGUUUAACAAAGUGCAGAGGCAGGGGAUGGUCACGUACGUGCAUUGCGUUCUGUUUCGGCGAGGCAUUCUCUCACAAGAGCCCUGGCAUGAAUGAUACCUGCAGUGACACAAGUAUCCCAUUAGUUAUCACACACUGCAUCUUCUGGUCUUUAUUUCAUACACAGCUUUUACACUCACCUCUUUUUAAUCUCUCCAUUGCACUUUUGCUCCCAGCAUACGUCGGUCUGAUCUCCCUUCCCAUCUCUUCGAUAACAGACAACAGAUCACUAUAGGUCCCCUGGGAGACAGCCUGUGACACAGCGGGUUUCACUCCCUAAUGAUAGGAAUAUUAUUUUUUUUACAUGUCAUGGUCACGCAUUAACAUUUUGUAUUUUGUAUAUUUAUAUCACUGCAUGCAAAUCUGUGUACUCAGUAAAUGAAAUGUUACAUCCA